CUCAAUUUUGAGUGUAAACUCUCAAAAUUAAAGUGUUUUUUCCGUAAGGGUCGUCCCAAUUAUGGGGAAGCCCUGGAGCAUUUACUGUAUUUCCAUUCGGAAACAGAUACGUUAUAAUGACCUUUAAUAUCUUUUUGUCCAAGGUUUGUGUUAAAGGAGCCUUAAGUCCUUUAAUCUUAUUUAAUACUAUCUUGAAUGGUCGGCCCCAUGGGUCGAUUUUCAAGGAAUCUAAUAGCUCUAUCCAGGCUUGAUUCUUAGGCCGGAAUUCAUAGUCGAAUCUUAGGGUGCGUUCCGUUUCUUGCAUGAUGCGCACAGGUGCAUGGAAAUUCGUUCCGUUUCUCUUCAUGCACACUCUAUGCGUGCAUAGCCCAGCCGUAUGCUCCGCCUCUUCCGGUGCAUGAGACUGCAUGGAGUGCCUCAACUCGCGAGGUGAGGCAGUUCAUGCAAUUCAUGCAGUACUGCUUUUUGAAGCACGUAUUUCAAAAAAUAGAGACCGCUUCGAAAGAAAUAGAUAACGAUUGUGAUAAAUUACUUCUCUGUGAUGACUUCAAGGGUAAAUACAAUGGACAUUUCAGUUCUUGUCGGUGAAAAUGAAGAAUUAUAUUCACUAACUGUUUCAACUGAAGAAUAUGAGCAAAUAAUUAAAGGAGAUAACAAGGUACUUGAACGAUUAAUUAAUGAAGAAAAUGAAAGAAGAAGUACUACUGCGGUCCAACAAAUUAUAAAUACUAAUAAUAAAAAUUUGAAGAAUGUACAAACUACGAUAUCAUUAAAAAGUCACGUAAACAAAGACGACAAAGAUGAUGAUGGCGAAACAGAGUCAUUUAAUUGGCCAGAUAAAGCUGUUAUGCUCUUUUUCGAAUUAUAUCGUGAAAGACAACAGGAAUUCACUGUUGGGUUAAAACGCCAUAAUAAAAUAUGGGCAGAGAUUGCUUCAGAAUUACAAAACUCUAACUACAAUGUUUCUGCUGUACAAGUACAAAAUAAAAUGUCGAGUUUAAAAAGAUCGUAUAAAAAAAUUAAGGAUUCCAAUGCUAAGAGUGGCAACCAUAAUAGUUCUUGGGCAUAUUAUUCUGUAAUGGAUUCUUUAUUUAAUAAUAAAGGUUGGGUAAAUCCCCCAGCUACAGCCAGCAGUGAUGGGCCAAUUGCACCUAGUGCAUCAUCAUCUUCGUCGACAUCUUCAACAUCUCAUUCUUUAUCCCCCAUGGAUAGUUCUGAAUUGCAAGAUAACUUGUCGUUUGAACCAAAAACUAAGAAAAGGAAAGUAGAAGUCGUCUUGGAAUCUUUUAUAUCGGAUUUAAAAAGUAACAGAAACGAAAUAAAAGAAGAAAGAAGAAAAGAACGAUUAGAAAGGGAUGAACAAAAAGAGCAAAGAUGGAAAAUUUAUAGGCAAGAAAAAAAGGAAAUGCAUAAAGAAACAACAGAAAUUCAAAAAUCUCUGGUUUGCCUUUUAGGUAAACUUGUAGAGAAACAGAACGAAUCCAAAUAAGUUGUAAGUUAUAUAUGAUUAUAUAUUUAAUAAUAUAAUUAAAAUUGUUAUAAAUAUAUAAUUAAAAUUGUUUUUUUUUUAAAUAUAGAAAAACCAUUUUAUAACAAUGAAAGUGCUAUCUCAAGUUUUACUUGUGCUAUUAUUCAUUAAGUUUAUUUAUAUUAAAUAAUAUUCUUAUUUUUAUGCCAAAGAUGUAUUAAUAGAUUGAAACAGUUGUAAGUUUAAACAAGUUUAUUUUUUUAUAAGCAUAAAAAACCAAAUCGCUAAUUUUAAUUCAAGUUAUCUGAUCUCAAGUUUUAUUUUGUAUUGUGUUUGCUAAUAUUAAUUAUGUAUGUUAUAAUAUUUAUAAGUAAGUGAAUUCUAAACUUUAAGUUUUAGAUUUUUGAAAUGUAUCGUAAAAGUUGCAACUUUAAGUUAGUUUAUUUAAAUACGAAAACUGUUUGCAAUGAUAUCCGCUUAAUCGAUAUUAUAAAGUUAAAAAAAAUAUAAAACAUUUAUAUUAUUUUCAUAUGUUUUGUGAUGUGAUUUUGUCAUUUUAUGUAAUUUUAUUUUAUUCAUAACUUGUAUUAUGAAAAAACUAUCAUUUUUACAUGAAUAAAAUGCUCAUAAUUAUCCA